UGCUUCCCUUUACCGGCGUAAAAACAUGGCGACAUUGUGGACAAGAGGAAUCCAGGUAUGCAGAGCCUUACCACGGCUCUGUACCGCCCCCAGUGUACAGAGGAGGACAUCUGUUCGACUUAUGUCUACAGAGAAAGAUAAUCUUCUAGUAGAUGUGGACAGUAAAACAGGAGUUGCUACCAUGCAAAUGAACCGCCCACCAGUCAACAGCCUCAAUCUUGAGUUCCUCACAAGUAUCAGCAUAGCACUAGAGAAACUGGAAAAUGAAAAGUGUAGAGGACUCAUUUUAACUUCAGAUGUCCCCAAGAUUUUCUGUGCUGGGUUGGACAUUUUGGAGAUGUACCAGCCCGAUGUGGAGCGGUUACAAGUGUUUUGGAGAUCCCUUCAGGAUGUUUGGUUAAGACUGUAUGGCUCUAAGAUGGCAACUAUAGCAGCCAUUAAUGGUCACAGUCCAGCUGGAGGUUGCCUUCUAGCCACUUGUUGUGAUUACAGAAUCAUGGCUCCUAACUACACAAUCGGUCUAAAUGAAACUCAGCUAGGCAUUGUUGCUCCAUUUUGGUUCAGGGACACAAUGUGUGGGGUUAUAGGUCAUCGAGAGACGGAGCAUGCCCUCACGCUAGGUAUAAUGUACAGCACAGAGGAGGCACUCAACAUCAAACUGGUUGACAAGGUUGUACCACAGGACAAGGUCAUUCCUGCUGCACAGGAAAAGAUGAAGCAGUAUCUCAAAAUUCCAGAGGUUGCCCGCCAGCUCAGCAAAGAUUUGAUGCGGAGAGAGACUGUAGAGAAGCUAAGACUUCGACGUGAAGAUGAUGUCGCUGCAUUUAAGAACUUUGCUGUUAGAGAGUCGGUACAAAAAUCUUUGGGAAUGUACUUAGAAAUGCUUAAAAAGAAAAGCCAGCAGAAAAAGUGAACAGUGAUGAGGGAUAGAUUAUGACUCGCCACAAUGAGAGAGGAAGUUACGUUUUAUUGCAUUUUUCACAAAUGUUUAUGCCAAUAUAGUUCAUUUUGUUUGGGACAAAAGGUUGGCCUGAUGUAUGUUCACACUUAAGAUUGUAUAUCCAGACGAAACAUGUUUUGAUUGGUUGAAGAUAUUAUGACAAAGUUUCAUAUAUUGUACAUGAAAUACCAUGUAACCAGUGGUUGUUAUGAUUCUAAUUCACUACGUUCAACCGAACAUAAAGCAUUUAUCAUAUAAAACUCAACACCUAUGUAUGGGAGUGGCCUUUGACGGUCAAUCAUUUUUUUACAGGAAAAAUGUACAUGAAAUACAAGGGCACGUGUCCGAUCUUUCUUCCCUUCUCCCUUCUCCAUUCCUCCUGCAUCCGGAUCCUGGCUGAGGCUAGGAAUUCCCUUCCUGGCAUCAUCCCUGAAGUCCAUGCCUGUCUCAAGGAAAACGGGGAAAUUUCAUAAUUCUAUGAUUUAACAAAUGAAAAUAUAAUUUCUUGAAAUGAGUUGAUGAACCGUCAAGACUGAAUGACUAUGUUACCCUCAAACUACCUUUAAUACUCUAUAGACACCCGUGUCGCACCUGUAACUCGUGCAGUUACACGUUACCCGUCCCGCCUCACGCGGCUACCUGUGUCACCUUGGCCUCAUAUCCGGACACUAGUACACCUGUACUACAUGCACUACAUACGUUACGGUAUACCGUGACUAUAAUAAAUACAUUAAGUGAUGUACCAGAAAUAAACAGAUAGGAGGGGUGGGAGGCAUCUUUACAAAGACCCUACCACCUAUCAAAUAUUGGAAGUAAUUUAAUUCAAGGAAUGGUAGGCAGAUCUGGUUUUAUACCAACCACCUAUAGUAUCAUUUUACAGGUGCCUCCCACCUCCCCCGUAUGAUUAAUUAUAAAAUAGCCUCAGUGUCAAAUCCACAAAUGACCACCAGUUAAGGUAGAACACAUUUCCUCAAACUUUCAUUCAUUCUGUGUGCCCCUUGUUACAAUGUAGUACUAAAACUGAAGGAUUACCUGUAGGUAACACCUUUGGGCAUUUGUUUACAAUUUGAUAGGUACCAACAUACAGUGAAACCUGUCCAAUAUUACACUCUGUGCGAGACACAAAAUACAUGUCAGACUAUACAGGAUGAGAGAAUACAGAAGUAUAAUAAUAGUAUUCAUUAAAAUUGGGAUAACAUAGUUAUGUUUGAUAACACCGGAUGUCGGAGUAUGCAGGGGUAUUUUGAAACAGGUUUCGUUGUAUGGUCAUGCGUCAUCUUUAAAGACAAAUUGUACUACUUCAGCCAAAUUCCAUCAUUCAAGAGGUAAUGAUAUAUUUGGGUAACAUUAUAAUAAUGUGUGUAUUGUUGUGUUAUAGGGUUCUUUAACCAGAUGUUUCGGAGUAAUUAUACCACAUUAAAAAAGAUAUUUUCAUUGAUAUACUGAACUUUUUGUUCACCAUUCCCAUAUCUCUAUUUGUGAUAAACAAUAACAUGGAUGUCCAUAAAAGUUCCCCCUGUGAAAUAGGUGUGAUACAUUGGAUUGGUUGUAGUAGGGUUUCUCAUCAUAAGGUACCCAUACUUAUAAUGUACCGUAAAACUUGAAUACUAUUCUGACGCCUCUAAAUAAUGUUCAGUAUGUUGAACGUUUUAGAGUAUCCUGUAGAAGUUGAAGUUGAAGACAUAGUUAUGCUGCCAGUGAAACUUGACAUUUUAACAGGGUUUGGCGAUUUAUUGUGAGAGACAUAUAGAAAGGGGCUGCAGUGGCCAAGUGAUUAAGGUUCUGACCGUCUACAAUCUCUAGCCCUUCACCACUGGGUCGCGAGGUCCGAGGCCUUUGUGGGGCAGUCAUCGGUACCAGGUACUGGCAGUAGGUUGUUGGUUUUUCUCCAGGGACUCCGGCUUUCCUCCGUCACCAAAACCUGGCACAUCCUUAAAUGACCAUGGCUGUCAAUAUGACCUGAAGCACAAACAUACAUUAAUCACUUAGUAUUUAGAAAUAAAAGGGGACAUAAAAAUGUCUCAAAAGGUAAAUGAGGUGGUAAAUAAAAUAGAUUUAAUAUCAAUGUUUUACUGAGUAUAUUGUUGUUAAAAUCAUGUGUAAUAAAACAAGAACAAAGAUAUGACAUGGUUAUGUACGGAUGUUACACGAACCCCCUCAAAUCUGUGUAUUGCUUGUUGCAUUUUUCACUUCCUGUUACAGGAAUUGCACUUCCAUAUAUAUUUUAUAUAUAUCAUCAUAUGUCAUUACACUAGCUGUUUUUUACUGGCAUUAUAAAGUGAAUUUCUGACAUCAUGAAUCAUGAAUUAUCUGAAAACCAGACUUCAAUUUUCUAUGUUAGAAAUACAAUAAAUCAGAAAAUUGUGCAUCAUUGAAAUAUAUAUGAAUAAAAUGUAGUAACAUUUGUGUACAGUUGAUGUGAUUUUGUAUGAAAUAAGUUAUUGAUGAAUAAAAACAGCUU